UCACAAUACAAGUCAGGGUAUUCAAUAGUCACAUAUGCAGAAACUCACACAUGAAGAUCUAAUGAUACAUGUUACAAGUAGUUAAUCAUGCCUAAAUCAAGGAAACGCAAGAUGGAUUUUGAAGAUAAGCCGGGAUCAAACUAUGGCCAUCCUCAGCCAAAUUGUAUUUUGCAUGUGAAUAACAUUCAACAUGGCAAUUUCACAAUGUUCGGUAAUGUCAAGGGAUCUGCCAAGGAUAAACUGGAUUAUAUUCUUAGUGUGCGUGACAAAAUACACUGUGAACCCAAUGACUCACCUUUUCGCAUGGAGGAAGUGUGCAAUUUAAUUCCAGAGAGUCUUGCUGAUGCUGAUUUGGAAACUCUUGGUUAUCACAGAGGGUGCUACCAACUCUUUACUAAAAAUCGAGAUAGACUGAAGUGUAAUACAAGCGUUGCAUCUAAUGAAGCCUCAACAUCACGCCCACACUCACCUCGUAGACGAUCCUCAGAUCAAAUGCAUCCAUUCCCACAAGAAUGCAUAUUUUGCCAAAAACUUGAAAUAAAAAUUUCUGGAAAGACAGAGAAGUGCACUAAAUUUCCCUUAUUCAAGAACAAGGAUGGGUCCUUCAGAGAACCUUCUUGGAAAAAGAUUGAACAUCAAGCAUUAGAACUAGGAUACAAUCACUUACAUCGAUUGGUGCAGGGAGAAGACCUGUUUGCAAGAGAGGCCCAAAGUCAUGAGUCCUGUCGCAAUAGAUUCAGUCUGAAAUAUAACACAUACAAACGUAAACUAUGUAGCACUACCAUUGAUACAGAGCAGGAUCAAAAGGCCAAUGCACAUAUGAAGGCUUUUACUGCUGUCCUCAGUUCAAUUCAAAAUAAAGUGAUUGAAGAGAAUGAAGUUGUUCAGCUUGUAUCACUACGUCGCCUUUAUAUUCAAGAGUUGCAGAAAAACGGUUUCCCAAAUUCAGAUUACAGGGGCGAGAAGCUUAAGGCUCGCAUUGAAGACCACGAGAUAUAUCAAAAGAUAAGCUUUGCAAAUGUGAGUCCAGGUGACAAAGGAUGCAUCAACUACAAUGUUAUCUACAAGAGCAGCCUCACAGUGGUUGAUGCCCUUGACAAGGCAUAUAAGCUCGGAUCUGAGGAUGAAUAUAAGGACGUUGCCCUGCUUAUUCGUGGCAUCAUUCAGCAAGCUUACAAAGAUUCAAAGUCAUUAGCUUGGCCUCCUUCUGCUGAAGAACUCAUUAAGGCUUCAGAAGAUAUCCUACCACCUAACCUCAUUAGAUUUCUAAAUUUUGUUAUCGUUGGUGAUGGAGAUAAAGACCAAAUGCACGAAAAGACUAAGCGUAUUGUUCUAUCCAUAGGCCAGGACACUUCCUCUCUCCAAGCAGGCAAGGCACAUUCCUUGAAAAUUAAUACACCAGAGACUCUAGCUCCUGUCCACAUUUAUGGUAGAGUGGGACCUAAAUUUCCCGAAGGGUCUGAAUUUACACCACCCGAGUUGAACAAUGAAAUCUAUGCAAAAUGCAUUCAAGAUUAUCGUGUCUGGUCACUUGCGCGAGUGGUUGAGAGUGGUGGUGAGAAGCAACUUGUACCAGGUUUUGGUGGCUUUGUCUCAGCUACAGGUGUAACACCUCCUAGAAAGUCAGCUAUUGAUUAUUUCACCCCAAUUCACCAAUCCUUCACUGACUAUUCAGUCAUCAAAGAGCUACUGAAGCAGUCAGAGGAUGCUACGACUGAGGUAGGCCAGGAGUUUGUUCUUAGUACAUUCGACCUUGGUGGCUGCAUGAAGGCCCUCCCUCUCAUUUGGAAGUUUCCAGAGCAAUAUAAGAAGCAUGUUGUUACCCCUGGGCCAUUUCACACUGGGAUGAACUAUAUUAACAUGGUAACCGGUCACAAAUGCAUGGGGUCUGGUUAUUCUGAAAUACUCAUGGAAGCAGAACUUGUCACCAGUGGUUCCCUGAAUAGUGUACUGAAAGGGAAGGCAUAUGCCAAGGCCAUUUUCUGCUUAAAAACAGUUUGUGAAGCUAUGGAGCGAUUGCUAAUAGAGAGAUUUAGUGAAGACGAAAGUGUUGAUGUUAUCAACCCCAUGGCUCUUUUUGAACUUGUUCAAACCUGUAGCCGUGAGCAUCUUGACUUUGCAUUGAAAGACCCAUCCACUCUGACCAUCCUUGAAAAGUAUGUCAGCUAUGAAGACAAAGUGCGUGAUGGGCACCUUGGGAAAACUGCCACUUUCUGGAUGAGUGUCAUAGACCAUAUCCGCCUCCUUCUAAUGCUGCAGUAUGCUGUAAAGACUAACAACCUAGCCUUGUUUCACAAGUGUAAUGGUGAAAUGGCAGACCUCUUCUUUGCAUUUGAUGGACCAAAUUAUUCACGGUACUUAGUGUGGCUUGAUGUCUUCUUGACAAAUAUCGACAGGACUCAUCCUGGAGCCAAAGAACUACUCAGGAAUGGUGGUAUUGCAGUGGCACGGUCUCUCAUUCCAGGAUCUCUGAGUGGUGUAGACAAGACAAUGGCAGAGACUUUCAUUAAAUUUGCCAAGUCUACAGAUUGUCCAAAGGGAGGGCGACAUCGUGAAUUGGAGCGUUCUGAAAUCAAAAAGUCUGAGGAGGCAGUUCAACGUACUAUUAGUGCCAUUCUUAGCUUCACAAAUCCUUUUACUUUGACUGACAAACACCAUCUGUACUGUCUGGCUUCUGGUGCUUACGUUUCUCCGGAAGUGGAAUUUGAUGUACUCAUUGCUGAAGCAGCUGGAAAGGCAGCAAAGGAUGCAUUUAUUCGUGAUCGAUUUGUGAAUGGUUCUUCGGAGGCACAGUUCUUUGAGCCAAUCAAGAAGCUGAAACUCAAGACAAUGGAGGCAUCUAGUAAGACAGUCAAGCUUACUGCCCCACAGGGAAAGGUAAUCCAAUACCGUGAGCAAAGUGACCUCGCCUUCCUACUUCUCAUCAAGUCACAGCAGCUAGAUGACCCUCUUAACUUUGACAAGUUAAUGCAGUAUCCCCUAACACCUGUUCCACACAGCCUUGGUACCACAGAUGGCUUCUUCAAUAAGACCAACAAGGCUGCAAUACUUCAUUGCCUAAUGGAUGAUGCUUCUUCUGAUGAUGUACAAUACCCAAAGGAUGCUAUCCAUAUCCAGGACGGAAAUGCUCUCUUCCAUGAGCUUACUAACCUUCCCCCAACUUUUGGUGCAAUUUGUCUUAAAAUGCUUGAUCAGAUGGUGGCCAAGAAAGAUUUUGUAUUUUCAACUGACACAUACUAUGCUGAAUCAAUCAAAGCUCAGGAGAGACAGCGUCGUGGCUCAUCUCAGAAGUAUAUUCUAGAUGGUUCAGCAACUAGGAAACCUAGUGACUUCAAGGUGUUCUUGGCAAAUGAAGACAAUAAGACACAGCUCAGUGAACUACUAUUACGAGUUUGCGGAAGCAAGGAAGCAGCAUCUCGAGUCGGAAAAAGUAGGAAAGCGGUCAUAGUGGUUGGUGGCAAGGCAUAUGAGCUGAAGUCUUCAGAUGGUGAGGUUAGUGUUUAUAAACUUGUGAAAUCUAGAUAUUGUGAAGAUGUGACAAGCGCCUUUAAGGGUAAAGGCAUGGUUGGACCUCUGAAGAAGCUACAGAGUCACCCAACUUACCACACAGCCUUUAGGAAACUUGGAAACGAAUGGUCUGUAUCACAAGACGUUAUGAAAGAUAUUGUGGUAUUCACAUGUCUCAUGUAUGGAUACCCAAGGGAAAGAUCUGUAAAUGCUGUACGCAGUCUAAUGCUCACUAAGAUGGUGGGUGAUGAUCAGUGCCUCACGACAAAAUCAAACGUUGACCUAUCAAGGCUGCCACCAUGCAGAGAUAAUCUGAUACCACAUAUUGGCCGUGUAAACCACCGUAUUGCCAUAUACAAACGUGCUGGCAAACCAAACAUUGUUUGCCCUCAUCCAGAUGAUCCUGGACAAGGCUGGGUGAAAAGCAAUGGAAUCUUGGAGCCACUGUGGUCAUGUGGACCCAUCCUCCCCCCAUCUCUUAUCGAACUGAUUGAGGAGACCAUAGUGGAAGUAGAGCAACAUGAAGAAAAAGGAGAAGAUGAAUUUGAUGAGAUGCUUGAUGAGAUGCUUGAUGAUAUGCUGGAUGAUGACUAGAUAACAUUUGAUAUAUGCCAAAGGAAAGAAUUUGUUUGAAAUGAUUAUAAUAAGCUACUUUCCAAAUGUCAAAAGCUAUAUUUUACAGAUGAUACAUUGAUUGUAUAAUAACAUGACUGAUUUUCAACAAGAAGUGCCACGCCCCCUUUUCAGUAGCUUACCAUCUGAGGGGUUAUAACUUAAUUUCUGACAAUAUUUUUU